AUGCGACCAACUCGUGGCGGCCUCGUCGCGACGGCGGCGCUGCUGCUGGUUCGAGCGACCAUGUCGUCGGCUGGCGGCGGCGGCGGCGCCUGCAAUGACACGGCCGGCGACGACGUCGUCCGGCGGCAGCCGCGCCAGGUCGCCCACGUGGACCACCUUGCGCUGCCGCACAGCGGUUCGACGACCGUGGCGACGGCGCUGCGGCGCGCGCUCGAGGCGCGGGCGAUCCGGGGCGCCGCGUCGUGCGCGAAAUGCUCCGCCGCGGCGUGCGGUGCCGACGCGCUGCUGCCGGUCCGCGCGACGCUCGUCUACCGCGCGGGCCACGCGCACUUCCCGCUCGCGGAGCGCCGCGCGCACAUCGCCUCGGACUGGGCCGACGGCGCCGUCUCCCGCGCGCGGGAGGCGUCCGGCGGCGCGCGCCAGGCGGAGCACGAGACGCGCAUGGGCCUCCGCGGGCCCUCGCCGCGCGUCGCGCGCCCGGGCGCC